AAGUCUAGUCUAUUCGGUGCAUUGUUUUCACGGCUAUUGUUAUGCUGAUUAACCUGGAACCGUGGUCCAGUGGAAAAAAAUUGGGCUUCCAAAACACUGAAUCAAGCCCGUCUGAGGAGGAUUGGUACCUGGAGGGGUGUCCCUAAGACUAAACCAACUCAAACUUUCGAUUGUUCUGGUUCCUUUUUCGAAUUGAAAUUAACCAAACAUAAUAUCAUAUUUUUUGUACUUUCUCUACAAAGAUAGAUUCUCUUGACUUGAUUUUUUUUAAAAUCUUUUUUGCUUUGUUUUGUUUUCUCCCCGCUGUUUCGAUAUUAACCGCUGACCCAAACACUGUCGUCUCGACUAUAUCCCAUAAUCCUCCACGCACCACAAAACAAAAUGGCGGUUGUUUUUGGACUUAACUUCGUUCAAAUGUUUACCUUUUUUACCUAAAACAGCCAAGACAAUGAAAUAAUUAUCCAAUAAAUACAAAGAAAUACGUUUUAUUCGGAAGCUUGGGAGUUUUGAAUGGCCUGCGUUGAUGAAAACUGCUUGUAUCCAGGGAAAAAUAAAAGUAUGGAAGAUGACAUGUUAACWCUAGAAGGCAUGAGUGAUCAUAUGCCCAGGAUAGGUGGUUACAGUGGAGUCAGAAUACGAGAGUUUGACGACGGUAAUGUCAACCCUGAGCCUGUAAAAAGAGACGACAAGAAUACAGAAGACUUGUGGGAGGAGUUUCUGUCACCAAAUAAACUCAAAUCCUUGUCUGGUGUGAGUAAUUUGGAUGAUGCCACCUGCCUGGAGAUGCUAGUAAAUACUGAUGAACAGAGCCUGGGGAAUUUUGGUGCAAUGUUACCAAAUCUUGUUCAACUUAAAUUAUCAAACAGUGUAAUAUCCACAGUCAGAGACUUGGGGACUUCUUUGGGUAACCUGAAGAUUUUGUGGAUGUCGCAGUGUGGACUGACUGACUUGGACGGUAUUAGCUCUCUUUCMUCUCUUGUGGAGUUAUUUGUUGCAUUUAACGACAUCAAUGACGUUAGCCCAGUCAGUAUGUUGGAUAACCUAGAGGUCUUGGACUUGGAAGGAAACCUGAUUGACGACCUGUCGCAAGUAGAGUUUCUUUCACUGUGCUCGUCACUCAAGAGUCUUAAUCUUGAGGGAAACCCUGUUUGUGUUGCACCACAUGCCAACUCUUCUGCCGAGAUUCUUAGAGGAAGAUCAUAAGUUACCAACGAGUGCUGAUACAGAAUCUAGCCAAUCAGAAGGG